AUGGAGAUGUACAACGGUCGUUAUUUUGUUCUGAACAAAGGAUUUCUCACCAUGAUGGGUCUUUGGCCGUACAACGACUGGAAACGAUACAUAAUUAGGAGUAUAUUUACAGCUAUGACCUUAAUUUUUAGCACUCCUCAUGUUAUUGGCAUAAUACUAGAUAUAAAGGACACUGACAAACUUCUGGACCACCUAACAGCAGUGCUGUUUCUGACAGCUAUGUUUUUCAAAUUGCUUAUAAUUAGCGUGUCCGAUAUCAAGAUGCGAAUCAUGUGGGAUGCGAUUGUCGAGAACUGGGCUUUAAUUGCCGUCCCCGAGGAAGUGAAAAUCAUGAUCGAAACUGGAGAGAGAGGUCGAAAACUGACGAUCGCUUAUGCAGGAAUGAUAUUUGGAAGUGGGUCGUUCUUCAUUAUGCUGCCUCUAUUACCAACGCUCCUGGACAAAGUGAAGCCAUUGCCAACUCCUCGCGAUACUUUGAGUAUUCUCAACGGCGAGUUUCUGGUCGAAAACAAGGAGGCGUAUUACUGGCUAUUUUAUUUGUCGGAUGCUUUGUCGGUAUUGCUGGUGACGCUGAUCGUCGUGGUAAUCGAUACAGCGUACAUAGUUUGCGUUGAACACUGCGUAGGAUUAUUUGCCAUUAUCAAGUACCGCUUGCAACAGCCCAAUCGAUUAGCAUACGAUGAUUCACGAGGAAUGGAUGAGGCGUAUACAUAUAUGUCUAAAAUUAUACAAUUACAUCAGAGAGUUUUAGACUUUUCAAUUAUCCUCGGGGACUCUUAUUCUAUGUGCUUUUUCGUACUAAUGUUGUUCCACGUUGUGCAAUUGCCUACUGUUAGUGUAUUGAUACUUAUAAAUCUUCACCAACCAGUGCAUUUAUUUCGAUACGUUUUUGUCUUUCUCGCCUUGACUGUACAUCAGUUAGCUCUUCACUGGGCGGCGCAAAGGCUUUCCGACGCCAGUGAAAAUAUCUUUACCGAUUCAUACUGCAACGAAUGGUAUUCGAGCUCUCUCCGAACGAGGAAAUUACUUUCGUUCUUAAUGUUCCGAUGCGUCAAGCCUGCAGUGAUAAGUGCAGGUGGAAUAAUUGACAUGGGUAUGGCAACCUUCUACGGGGUGACCAGCAAGGCGAUAUCGUACAUCACUGUGCUUGGCUCGUUCCGUUGAGUCAGCCUUUAUUAUGUGCACAUGCGUAUGUAAUACCUGCUGGCGACACUGGUAGUACGUAUUAAAAAUUCAAGACUAUCGUAAAAACUGAAAUGAUGCUAAGCGCAGAUAAUUAUUUGGUUACGUGUGUCCAUGUUUCUUGUUAAUCCAAUCCUUUUAGUUACUUUUUAAUCAUUCCACUGUAUUAACAUUCAAGUCUACAGUUCCCGAGGGAAUUGUCACUGUAGCUAUGUAAUUACAAUUUCUUUUACGACGUUUUUUCAACCAUCAGAAUUUGACCGUUUAUAUUUCACUUAGUUUAUAUUUCGUAUUUCCUCUUUACAUUUAUACACUGAUAUAUAAAGAUGAAAAAUAGAUAAAUAGUACCUAUUGAUAAUUUGAUUUAGAUAAUAUGGCUUAGAAACUUGAACUUAUUUAACUGUUUUAAUGAGAGUGCCAGAAGAGACGCCGCAGAAUUCAAAAGAUUGAUCCAAUGCCACUUUCAAGAAGAUUCCAUUGUAUUUUUAAAUGAUUUAGAG